UAAACUCUUCUUAACGCCCCAGCACUAAAAGCCUGUGCGCAGCCCGGCUUUCGAUCAGUUGGUGAUCGUUGUUCGUGGCCUGCAGAUCGACGGAGCUCGGUGCCGUGAAAAUGAAAUCAUCCGACACCGGAAGCGACAGGGAUGUGAAGUGACGAACCCAACCGGACGUCCUAAUUUACUAAGCCAACUGUUGUAGUUCAAUGAAUGUGUGUGUGUGUGCACUUGGAGUAAAACGAAAGCUAAAACGAGAAGGUACUAGUUGAGUGAAGUCUAAACUUGGAGUGCGUGUGCUGCUGCUGCUGGGGCAAACGAGCAAAACCGGCUGCGUGUAUGCGCCAGAGGUGGAUUUUUCGUGCGCUUCGAACCGCCAGAGGGCAUGCAGCAGGCGCAUCAGUACGGCGUGUCCUUUCAUCGUCCCCGGGGGCGAAGGAAGCGCCACGGAAUGGGUGGUGGUAGCGUGGGUUCAGCGUGGGGCGGUGUGAAUCCGACGAUCGCCGUCGUCGUGGCGAUGGUCGUCGGUGGGGUGAUCGUGUACGCAGCUGCCGAACCGCGGACGGAUGGACUCGUUGACAUGAUCGACCAGUUCGGUAUGCCUAGCUUACCGUCCGGCAUCUCACCGACCACCGGCAUGUGCAAUGGCACGCGCAACCAGUACCAACCCCACCCGGAACCGGCCUACAAUCUCAACCAAGACACCGUGCUGAGCAUACCGACGAUCACGAGCUUUCCGGCGGGUUUUCCUAUCGAUUUUUCACUGCUGGUAACGCUUCGCGCUAGCCCAAACCUUGAGCGGGCACCACUGUUUGCCGUCUACUCGAGCGAUUCGGACGAGAUACUGAUGCUGAUGGUGGGUCGUGACGUGGCGCUGUACUACUACGAUGGUAAUCCGGAGGAUGACGAGCAGGACCAGUAUCAGAACAUGAUCAGCUUCGGUGUGAGCAUCGACGAUGGGCGGUGGCACCGGUUGGGACUGAGCAUCAAGGGAAACUCGGUAACGCUGAUCUUGGACUGUAGUACACAGAUCACGCGUCCACUGAACAGACGGGACGGUGUGCAGCUGGUGACGGACGGUUUAAUCUUGACCGGAUUGCAGUUGAACGAGGAGAAUGGAUUCUUUACGGGUGAUCUUCAACUCUUUAUGAUUGCAAACACACCGGACGAGGCGUACAACAUCUGCACCAGGUAUGCUCCCGACUGUCCAGGUGGAUCUGGAUCUGCUACCGGUUCGGGAUCAUCCUCUACGGUAACUCGCACCGUUACGAUACAGAGCACAAGAACGGUGUCAAACGGUACUGCAGGAGGAGGAGGCACCGUCAGCCGAACUCAAACCAGUAGCAGCUCGAGCUCUAGUUCCGGUGGAAGAGCGUCCUCGCAGGCAGCUGGCGCUAGCAUUCGUGAUCAGGUGCUGCGUGAGUCGGUGUCCGUUGCCGGUGAAGCUAGCGCCGGCAGUUCCCGUGGAAGACAGGCAGCUUCGGCAAGCUCGUCCAGCGGUGGAAGAGACUUUGCCGAUCUGUACGGUGAUGGAGAAGGCUUGGAGGUGAUUGGAGACGACGACGAUUACUACAACAAUUUGGAGUUCGGUGGGGAUUUGAGUCGGGUAGCUGCUGGUGCAGAAACGCAACCAGAUGGGAGUUCGCGCAACCGUACGGAAGUAGAGCCAGGAGCUUACGAUCAACUGCGUCCCGGAGUUUUGCCUUUGCCUGAUCCGGAAUACGAUGCGUCAGCCGGUGGAGAACCAAGACCGACGGGAGCAGGAGGUCCUCCAACUACGAGACCGCGUGUAAAUACUGCGAACCGCACACAAACGGAUCCGGCCGCCGGUUAUGGUCCAGAAUUUGAAGAAGAUGAGGAGCGAAGAGUUGGAUUCCCGGCACAAUCUACCGUAACGAUCGUUGGCGGAGUGAAGACCAUACGAGGACCUCGUGGACCACCGGGAGAUCCAGGUCCGAAGGGAGAACCUGGUCGUGACGGGUUGAACGGACAGUCGGGACCUUCAGGACCACCGGGACACGUGUUCAUGAUGCCACUCACCUCUGCCGGCAAUGAAAAGGGACCAGACUCACAGGCGGAAGCAUUGCGGCAGAUGCUCUCACAGCACAUGACAGCGAUGCGAGGAGCCGAUGGACCAAUGGGACUGACUGGGGUUCCUGGUGCUGUCGGACCUCCGGGGCCUGAGGGAACGAAAGGAGAACCGGGAGAUGUUGGUGAACCGGGACCCAUUGGACCUCGGGGAGGUGUUGGCGCUAAAGGUCGCGAGGGUCGCCGAGGAAGAUCGGGACGAGAUGGCGAACGAGGAGCGACCGGUUUGCAAGGUGUGAAAGGUGAACAGGGCCCCAUUGGAUUGCCUGGCUUCCCCGGAGAGAAAGGAGAGCGCGGACGACAAGGAUCAGUCGGUGAGAAGGGUACCCAGGGACAUGAUGGCGCACAGGGAGAAGAUGGUCCUCCAGGACUACCAGGACUUCCGGGUGAGCUUGGGCCGCGAGGAUUCUCUGGACCGCGAGGCUUUCCUGGCCCAUCGGGCAAUCCAGGUCUGCCCGGAUCUGAGGGCAUUCCCGGUUCCAAGGGAAACCCUGGACCACAAGGUCAGCCGGGAGCGCCAGGCCAAACGGGAUCGCCCGGUCCGGUAGGACCACCAGGUCCGCAAGGAAACCUCGGUCCGCCGGGUAUUCCUGGUCCACACGGAAAGCCAGGCCUUCCGGGUCUUCCGGGAGCUGAUGGGCCUCCGGGGCGGGAUGGAAACCCAGGCAUCGCCGGACCGAAAGGUGAUGUAGGUCCGCAAGGUGUACAGGGCCCCAUCGGAUUCCCCGGCAACCGAGGACCCAAGGGAGACGACGGUGAGCGAGGUACUGCCGGCGAUAAGGGUGAAAAGGGUGAACUAGGACACGAUGGUGAUAAGGGCGAUAUGGGACCACCGGGCGAACGUGGACAUCCGGGUGUAACUGGUGCGCCCGGAUCGGAAGGACCCGAAGGACCGAAAGGAUUCGAAGGACCUCGGGGAGAAACGGGCAUGAUGGGGUUGACUGGCGAUAAGGGCAAGCAAGGAGUGCAGGGUUUCCCGGGCUACCCAGGACCGCCGGGCGAUAAGGGCGACAAAGGAUCGUUUGGCAUGGCCGGUUUGCCGGGCGAAAAGGGCGAACGUGGAAACACUGGACUUCAAGGAGAACGUGGUGAAGUCGGACCAAGAGGAUUCCGAGGACCGCGUGGUAGGCGAGGCGCAGAUGGAACUACCGGACCGAAAGGUGAUACCGGCCAGCCGGGAUCUCCCGGAGCACAGGGUGAAAUAGGCAUGCAGGGACCGGAAGGUCCUCGGGGUUUCAUCGGACUUCCAGGGCCACAGGGAAAUCAUGGCAAAGAUGGACCGCCGGGAGCUUCUGGCGAACGUGGACCUCCGGGUGAAAACGGAAAUCCAGGCCCCAUUGGUGCUCCCGGUGUUGUUGGACCGCAAGGACCAACGGGCGAACCGGGACCAGUCGGAGAACCAGGCAUACCAGGACUGCCGGGACUGCCUGGAGAACCAGGCGUACCAGGAGACACCGGUAAAGAAGGCCAGUCAGGUCCACCAGGACCACCGGGAAAGAAUGGUCCACAAGGUGGUCAAGGUUUGCCAGGAUUCCCAGGUGAACGUGGCAUGAUGGGAAUGCCCGGAUUGCCCGGUCUCAAGGGAGAGCUUGGAUUGCCCGGACUUCCUGGACCAAUCGGUGACAAAGGUCAGCCAGGCGAACCAGGCAAGGAAGGACCACCAGGAGCUGAGGGACGACCUGGACCUCCUGGGCCGCCUGGCCCCUCCGGAGCAAAGGGCGAACGGGGAGAGCAAGGUUUAGGCGGACCAGUUGGACGAGACGGUUUACCGGGACAGCGAGGUCUAGCUGGACCACCAGGACCUGUGGGACCUCCGGGAGAGGAUGGCGACAAGGGCGACAUGGGACCGCCGGGAGAGAAGGGUUUCAAGGGCGCUCAAGGUGAAUCAGGACCUGUGGGAUCGCCAGGAUCACAAGGAAGUCGUGGAGAACCGGGAGCUAUUGGACCACCGGGCGAGAAAGGACCUCCGGGAGAGAUUGGCCGUACAGGGCCGAAGGGUGAAGACGGGCCAACCGGUCUGCCCGGUUCCCCCGGACCAGCAGGACCUCAAGGAAUGCCAGGUCCAACGGGAAUGAAAGGAGGCCGUGGGGACGAUGGUCCACCGGGAUCAAUUGGACCUGCUGGACCACCAGGAGAAGCGGGUCGUCGUGGGCCACGCGGAGCUGAAGGUGGCCCCGGUGCUCCAGGAUCUCCCGGUCCGCAGGGAAUUGCGGGAGAACCUGGAACGCAAGGACCACCCGGUCCGAUUGGACCCGAGGGCAAGGAAGGCGAAAAGGGUUCCAUAGGACCAAAGGGCGAGGAAGGAAAGUCGGGACCACCUGGGCCACCGGGAAAACGAGGGCAGCCGGGCUUGGAAGGACCAAAGGGAGUUGCUGGUCCACCAGGAUUCCCUGGCAAUCCUGGUGAGCCUGGACUCGUCGGACCGAAGGGGGAUAUUGGCAAGGAUGGAGACGAUGGAAAACAGGGUGAAGCUGGCCUCCCCGGUGAACCAGGUCCACCGGGACCGGCGGGUGAGAUUGGACCGCCGGGUAAAAUCGGACCAGAAGGACCGGCCGGUCUGCAAGGAACGACGGGAUUGGCUGGCGAAAAGGGAGACCGGGGAUUACCAGGACCACCAGGAAAUCAAGGACUCACCGGACCGCAAGGAAUGCCGGGUCCACAGGGACCUACUGGACUGCGAGGAUCUCCGGGACCUUCGGGCGAAAUUGGUCCCGUCGGUAAACCGGGCGAUAGUGGAGCACCUGGAAAAGCGGGAGAGGUAGGUGCCAAGGGUCCGAAAGGUGACCGGGGCCGUCGUGGGCUAAAAGGACAUCGAGGUGAGCUUGGUCUGGUCGGGUUGAAGGGUGACUCCGGUGAGAAGGGUGACAAAGGCGUCCGAGGAGUCCCAGGCCCCGAAGGGACCAAAGGAGAACCUGGUCCAGUAGGACCGCUAGGACUCAAGGGUAACGAUGGUCCGCAAGGACCUCCUGGAAACGAUGGCCCGCUAGGACCGAAAGGCACAGAGGGUGUUGCUGGUCUUCGAGGAGAGCCUGGACCGCCCGGACCUCCUGGACCACCUGGACCUCCAGCCGACGCACCGCUUAUCCCACCGGAGCUGCUCUUCCGCAUGAACGAGUUCACCAUGACGAAGGGUGAGGAUCGACAGAAGCGUGAAGCGGGUGAUGGUACGGACAUGGACGAAGACCUGCUCGAGGUGGAUGACUUUGAUGAGGAGAUCCUGAAGGUGGAACCUCGCAAGAAAACCAAGAAGAAGAAAUCCAAGUCGAAACCGUCCGAUCUUGGCCCGAAGUUCCUGGAUAUGUACAGCUCGAUCUACUCGAUGCGGCAGGAGCUCGAUCGGAUACGGAAGCCGGUUGGUACGCGGGAAAAUCCUGCUCGAACGUGUCGGGAUUUGCACCAUGGACAUCCACAGUUCAAGGAUGGCUGGUACUGGAUCGAUCCUAACCUUGGCAUGGGCGAUGACGCGGUUUACGUGUUCUGCAACAUGACAGCUGCUGGCGAGACGUGCGUUUUCCCGGACAUCCACAGUUCCCAGAUGCCAACGAUUCCAUGGCGCAAGGAGAACGAUAAAACGGAUUGGUACUCGAAUCUGCGCGGUGGUUUCAGGAUAUCCUACGAAACAGUCGGUACGGUCCAGAUGACCUUCCUGCGCCUUCUAUCGCAAGAGGUGUACCAGAACUUCACGUACGCCUGCAUGAACAGUGUCGCCUGGUACAGUACGAAGGACGAAAGCUACGACAACGCGAUACGCUUCCUGGGCGAGAAUGAGAUCGACAUCGGGUACGAGAACUCCAAGAUUAAACCGACCGUCCUGGUGGACGGAUGCAAAACGGGACGUAGCAAGAGCGAGACGGUGUUUGAAGUGAGGACACCCAAACUUCAAUACCUCCCCAUAAUCGACUUCUAUCCGAUCGAUUACGGACUGCCACAGCAAGCGUUCGGUUUUCAGGUGGGCCCAGUUUGCUUCAAGUAAUAGGCAACCGUUACUUCACGGAUCUUUUGCCAUUGUUUAACACCAUAUUUGUUAUACAUGUAUAUGAUGCUUACGGUAGAGUCGUCGAGAUUAGUUAGUAGCUUUAACGGUUAGUAUUUAAAAUACAAAAGCAAACAAAGAGACACACACACACAAACAAGUUUGCGCGCGAAAUUAAAGACGAAGAGGAAUAGAGUUGGUUUAGGAUAAGUAACAUCGAGCGAUAGUAUUAAGAACUGUAAGAAAGGAAGGAAAAACUCAUGUAUCAUAUCGAUCGGACUGAGCACAUCGUUAGUCAGAAGAGGAAUCGACCGAACGCUCACACACUCCUUUAAGUCAUCACUGCUCUUGUUGUUAUACCUGUUUCCUACAUGUAAAUAGAACCCCCGUCUAUCCUUUCCUGCUCCCCACACAUACGAAUCAAUUACAAGUAAAAAAAAAAAACACACACACACACACACGUACAUAAGUGCACGUGCACGGAAACCAUUUUUCCGGGAAGAACAGAAGCAUUGUAAAGAGAAGAAAAGCAGGCAAAAAACGAACUAUAAUGCCUUUUACACUGCCAAAGAUCGUUUGUUGUUGAAGAAUAAAUUAUCGAAAGGAAAUGAAACACUAUAAGAAAGUGUUUGGAGGGUA